AUGUCUGCCGUCGCAACAUUACGAGGCGAAACGCCCCAGCAGGUUCGGUCUUUGGGCGAGCAGUUCACGGCCUACAACUUCCGCGAGUAUGCGAAACGACGAACGAGGGAUGCCUUCCACGAGCACAAGGCCGAAAAGGACUCGCGCAAGGUCCAGGAACUUAUCCAAAAGGGCCUUAAGGAACUGCAGGCAAUGAAGACUCGUCGCGCUAACCGCGCUGGCUAUGCCGAACAUGAUGACUUUGAAGGCCUCCCCGUUCGGCAAUGGCGCCAGGAAUGGGUCAACGUCGCGCCUCCGAUCGAGCAAGAAGUUCAACAAGUCAAUGACGUCUGGGCGUCCGAACUGAUUCAUGGUAUGCCGAAGGAUUCCGGGCUCCUGACACCCCAUAGUCAAGAGCUGUUGCGUGCAGCCCGAUCCGGCCGGCUGUACAAGCGUACUGUGCCCACAGACGAGGAUGAGGCCGAGACAGAAAACGUCAAUGAAAAGCCCGAGAAGAAGGAAGAGGAGCCCGCGCCAAAGGGAUAUUCCGUCAAAAUCUGGAAACAAAUUCCGAGGAACGUCGAAGCACCAGAAAUCACGCGUCUUGCCAAGCGACGCAAGAAUACCGUUACGAUUGCGAGCAAGACACCCGAAGAGAAGGCGCAGGGGUCGACUGUCACGAGAGCCACAGUGAGGCGUGUCGACGCCGCAGGCAACCCGUACACUGAAGAGGUUACGCUCGCGGAGGGCCAGGCCGUGAGUGGUGAGAUCAUUUCCACACGGGUCGAGACAUUGCAGGCUCCUGCCGCGCCUCUCACCCAAGUUCAACCCCACCGUCGCCGGCCUCCUCCGCCUAAGCGGAAGACCAAGGCCGGGCCAGGUCGCGGCAAGAAGAAGAACAGAGGCGGUAUCGCGGGCGGACCCCCACACAUCAGUGUUCCCAAUGGCGACGGUGUCGCAAUGCCUAGCCAAGCGACGACGGCAGAAAAUGGUACCACGAACGAAGCCAACGGUGCCUCACACCGUGACACCGAGAUGGCAGACGGCGACGAUGAUGAGAGUGAUGAUGGUGACGAGGGCGACGAGGAUGACGAGGAGCACGGCGACAGCGACCAUCCAGAUACGAGCCUGGUUGAAGAAUCGAAAGACAAAGACCAAACUAUGACCGAUGCGCCUCCCAUCCCUGCCGAGGUGAAGGAGAUGGUAGCAGAUGCUGCCGCGGCCGACAAGCUACCAGCCAACCACUUGACACUACCUCCACCACUCGCUACACUUGCCAGCGACUCGUCGAAAGUAGAGGGUAGUCCUCUGAAGAACGUUGUUCUUCCAUCUCCGACAGAAAUCAACAUGUCAGAUGUACCCCAGGUUAUCGCGAAGCCAGUGGAUGCCGAGACCGGCUCGACAGUAGCAGAGCCUCCUUCGACCAUUGUCGGUGAGGAGCCCGAGGCAGCAGAAAACCGAGACCUAGAACUUGCUCCAACUCCCAGCGGAGCACUGCUCCCUCCUCCACCCGAGCAAGUUGGCAACAUUGCUACGCCCAAAGCCGACGACGCCUCGUCUAGGGUCUCAGACAAUGAUGACAAGAGCAAGGAGUCAGAACACAUGAACACGGACAGCACGGAAAAGUCGUUCCGGCAUCAAGAUUCCCUGAUGACGGAAGAUAGCAUCAAGCCUGAAGACUCGGCAUCUGUGCGAUUCCCUCUCACGGAGUCUGGUGCGCCUUCGGAAGUUGGCACCGGGUCGGUAGACGAGGCCAAGGAACCCGCCGGCGCAGCGACCCCCGGCCCUGUUGAACGAGAGGCUCAUCCAGAGCCCUCUUUUCCACCCGUCAUCCCAGAGGAACCUGUUGCAGAGGCUGAGCCAGAGCAGAGCGAAGCCAUCGUUCCUGAAGAGCCCAAAGAGGAGCAGGAGCAUCAUCGCGAAGAGCCGAUGCCUGAAGAGCCGCCGGCGCCGGCGCCGGUAGCGGUCGAAGAGCCUGCACCUGAAACUACAGCAGAAUUCGCCGCUCCGGCGCUGCAGGAGCCUGAGCCCGUUGUCCCGGCGCCCGCUGAGCCCGAGUCGCAGCCACAGCCAGAACCGGAAGUCAGUCAAGAAAAAGAAUCCGUGGAACCGUCGGUGCCGGAGCCCAUCCCCGAAUCAGCUGGAGAAACAACGGCGGAGGAGCCACCCGCAUUACAGUUAGAGGAGCGCAACGAGAACGUCAUGCCAGAGGAGCCCCCGGCUACUCAGUCAGAACCUGUUGAGCAACCCUCCGAGCAACCUGCCGAGCAACCUGUCACGGAGCCUGUCACAGAGCCCGUUGCGGUGCCUAUCGUGGAACCCGUCACGGAACCUGAAGCAGAGCCCCUAGCACCUGCUGCUGAGCCUGCACCAACAGCUUCAGAACCAAAGAACGAAGACGACGCUACCGCUGCGUAA